AUGGAACUCCUUUCGUGGAAGAGGUACGACGACAAGUACAAGCUCUCCCAAAUCCUUACGGAAGCUGCACGCUCCUGCGUCGAUGCGCACACGGCGCGGCCAGAGGAGUAUCUUGCCGCGUACUUUACCGAAAAGUGCUCGGGCGAUGAGAUACGAGGCAUCGUCACACGCGCCGUGUAUCUUCCCAGUGGGACAGUUGUGCUUCGACUGACGCUGCAGCUCUUGAAUGGGAUGGAGACGGAGUCCGCGGCGUUUGUGCAGCCCUCACACGGCGAGUACGACGCGGGUGCGGAUGAAACCACCGACCCCACCACUUACACCACGGAGGCACUUCAAAAGAGUUAUUUUCCUCGUCUCCUUCAGUUUGGUGCACGUGACCAAAAGGGAUUUGACACGACGCUUCGCCAAAUUUCUUCUUCUGCCGAGGCGGUCGACGUUGGGGUGAGUGUGAUGUACGGCUUGAGUACUGUGGUGGCAUCCGCAGCUGCUCGGUGUUCCUCCAUUCCAUUGUUUAUGUAUUUACGACAGCUUUUUCCAUCAUUGGGUGGGGACGAGGCUUUUACUAUGCCUCAGCUGUGCAUAAGUUUUUUUGGCCCUGGAAACCCAUCGACGGCCCGGCUGGCACUGAAGGAUGUUCUUCUUAUCCCAGCCAUGCCUGAGGGCUCCAUUCCGAAUGAGAUUAUUCAAAAGAUUUUUGCCGCGUUUCAUCAUUUUUGCCGGGCGCAUAACACAAUGAUGCGUUCUGACGGUUCUCUUGCAUACGACGACUUUGAGAACGUGACGGAUGCUUUGGGUUUGGCCGAGGAGGCGGUACGUGCGGUGGGUCUCACCCCCGUGAAAGAUAUUUGCAUCGGCUUGAGGUUUGCCGCUGCGGUUGCUUCCCCGUCUUUGGCAGCGACAGCAGUGCCGAGUGCGGCCGCUUGGAAAGAAAGUAAGGAUACGACAGAAGUGAUGUAUGCACUUUUCCCAGGUGAUGCGGAUGUUUCAGGGGCGCAGGUAUCCGAGUACCUGCGAGAACAGCUGCAAAAUUGCACGGACUUUGUGGUUUACGUGGAGGACACGCACUGCGACAGGGAUACCUUUGGCCUGCAACGUCUGCAGGCGCAUUUGGGUGAUUUACUUCACGUCUCCGGCCGUGAUAUUUAUGCUCGAAGUCAGUACAAAAAAGUGGAGCAUGGGAUUCGCGGUCUAUGGACGUCGAACUUUGUUCUGGAUCCGGGCGCUAUAGGGACGUUGUCCGACGUGCAUGAGAUUGUGCGGCGUGUAAAGGAAUUUGAAGGGCGUUGCGUGAGUUUUGUGGCGCCGGAGUUAGUAGGAAAUGCAGCCACGAUGGCGCAUCUUUCGGUUGCCAUGGAGGCUCGAUUCCUCUGCAUGGGUGGACUAUUGAGCACUCCACAGUGUGAGGUGUUGUCGCAUCUCAUCUCUAUUCAAUCCGAGUUGCUGCACUCAAGGGCUCUUUCUCGCGAGGCGCCAAAGAUUGCCCGCAUGGAGUUACCGAAGCCUCCAACGGAUGUUGUGCCGGAGAUCAAGCGCAGGAUGGACAAGAAGAAGCGGAAGAAGUGA